ACCAAAGCAUAAAGUAUGAAUAACCAGUUGUUGGUGGUUAGAUAUGAAAUAUGAACAUUUCCUCAGAGAUUAAAACUCGUCUUCUUCAAGGUUUCACCUCCAUCAAGCCCCUCAAACACAUCCACGCUCGUCUUCUCCGUUCCAAUCUCCUCCACGACUGUUACCUCUGCAACAUUCUCUUACGUAGCAGCUUCAAUUUCAACAAAAACACACAUUACUCUCAACUCCUCUUCUCCCACAUCCAACAACCCAAUGAGUACGUCUGGAACACCCUCAUUCGCGGCCUCGUUUCCCAUGAUCACUUCCAUCAAUCCAUCAACCGAUUCCACUCAAUGCGCCAGUUGGGUUUCUUACCAAACCACUUUACCUUCCCCUUUGUGUUGAAAGCCUGCACCAGAGUUUUGGACUUAAGAUUGGGUGUGGAGCUGCAUACUAUCAUGGUGAAAGUGGGUUAUGAUUGGGAUGUCUUUGUUAAGACUGGGUUGGUUUGUUUGUACGCGAAAUGCGGGCGCUUGGAUGAUGCGUGUAAGGUGUUUGAUGAAAUGCCUGAGAAGAAUGCGGCUUCAUGGACUGCGGUUAUUAGUGGGUAUAUUGAAUCGGAUAGGUUUACUGAAGCUCUUGAUGUGUUUAAGAAGUUGUUGGAGAUGAAUUUGAGACCGGAUAGUUUUACCCUUGUAAGGAUUUUGUCAGCUUGUUCUCGGUUAGGGGAUUUGAGGACUGCAGAGUGGGUGGAUAGCUGCGUAACGGGUCUUGGAAUGGGUAAGAAUAUAUUUGUCGGCACUGCGUUUGUGGAUACGUAUGCGAAAUGUGGAAGCAUGACAAAAGCGCUUGCGACGUUUGAUCAAAUGCGUGAAAAGGAUGCGGUUACUUGGGGUGCGAUGAUCCAAGGUUAUGUUUCAAAUGGGGAGCCGAAAGAAGCUCUGGAUAUGUUUUACAGAAUGAAGAAUGAUAACAUAAAGCCUGAUUGUUACACCAUAGUUGGAGUUCUUUCCGCUUGUUCGAGCUUGGGAGCUCUUGAGCUAGGGGAGUGGGCGCGUACAUUGGUUGAUAAAAACGAGUUCUUGUAUAACCCUAUUGUCGGUACAUCACUUAUCGACAUGUAUGCAAAAUGUGGGAAAAUGGGAAGUGCUUGGAGAGUGUUUAAAGAAAUGAAAGAAAAAGAUCUUAUUGUUUGGAAUGCUGUAAUAACCGGUCUUGGAAUGACUGGUCAAACCAAAGUUUUAUUCGGUCUUCUCGGUCAACUAGAGAAGUUAGGGAUACACCCAGAUGGGAAGACCUUUAUUGGCAUCCUUUGUGGGUGUACACACGCAGGUCUUGUUAACGAUGGUAAACGAUACUUCAAUAACAUGACUCGUGUGUUUUCGUUAACUCCUUCGAUUGAACAUUACGGGUGCAUGGUAGAUCUCCUUGGGCGAGCUGGUUUAUUAGACGAGGCUCACCUUUUGAUCAAAAGUAUGCCAAUGGAACCUAACGCCAUUGUUUGGGGAGCACUAUUGAGUGGAUGCAGGUUACAUCGCGAUACCCAACUAGCCGAAUAUGUUUUAAAAAAGUUGAUUGAGUUAGAGCCUUGGAAUUCAGGAAAUUACGUACUAUUGUCUAACAUAUUCUCGGCUAAUAAAAAUUGGGAAGAUGCUGAGAACAUAAGAUCAGCGAUGAGUCAUAGAAGCAUUCGGAAGAUACCAGGAUGUUGUUGGAUAGAAGUAAAAGGUGUUGUUCAUGAGUUUCUUGUUGGAGACAAAUCUCAUCCAAUGCAGGAACAAAUUUAUGCUAAACUUAGUGAGUUAACCAUGGGAUUAAAACAAAUGGGAUAUGUUCCGACAACAGAAUUUGUGUUAUUUGAUGUUGAGGAUGAAGAGAAAGAGCAUUUCUUGGGUUGUCACAGUGAGAAGUUAGCUAUCGCGUUUGGUCUAAUCAGCACUAAACCUGGUGACGUGAUUCGGGUCGUGAAAAAUAUACGUGUUUGUGGUGACUGCCACAUGGCAAUAAAGCUGUUUUCGAAAAUUACGGGUAGAGAGAUAGUUUUACGCGAUAAUAACCGAUUCCAUUCGUUUAUUGAUGGCUCAUGUUCUUGUGGAGAUUAUUGGUGACAUAAGUUGCAUUAUCAUAUUCCUAUGCAGAUACUCCUAUUCCUAUAUAUAAAAGAUUAGAUUUUUCUUCUUUAUGAUCAA